AUGUUUUCUCUCAAUUCUGUGCUGUCGGUAGCGGCGCUGACUUGGGCCUCGAUUUCAUCACUAGCAUCAGCAACGCCAAUGGAGAACCUCGUUCCAAGAAGCCCUGAGGCUUACAGCGACUUCAACAAUAACGUGGUUUUUACACCGGGAGCGGAUUAUACGAGCUGGAAGACUAUUUACCCACGCUCUCUGCAGCUCGGCGAUGGAACGCUACUAUUAUCCUGGGAGGACUACCCACCCGAACCACCGCUGGCGCACUUUCCAAUCUGGAAGUCUGUUGAUGGUGGUGCUUCCUGGUCUGAUUUUGUCAAUGUGACUGAUCAGGCAAACGGGUGGGGACUGCGGUACCAACCUCUACUUUACCUUCUCCCGCAAGACUUUGGAGGAUACGUGGCGGGCACUAUACUUCUCGCCGGCAUGUCUCUCCCUGCAGACCUGAGCGAAGCAUGGCUUGACCUUUACGCCAGCACAGAUGAGGGCAACAACUGGGAGUUUGUGAGCCACAUAGUCUAUGCCCCAGGUCCAGAGACUGUCACCAAUGGCAACCAGGCUGUCUGGGAGCCCUUCCUGCUGAUGUACAACAAUCAGCUCAUCGUCUACUACUCAGAUCAGCGUGACUCUGCACAUGCACAGAAGCUAUCACACGUUGUGACAAACGACUUGAAGACUUGGAGUGACCCGGUCGAUGAUGUUGCUGCUGAUACAUACGGCAUACGCCCUGGAAUGGCCACGGUAGCUCACAUCGAAACCACUGACCGGUACAUCAUGACCUAUGAGUACUGCGUCAGCGGCUCUGGCUGUGGAGCUCAUUACAAGAUAGCAGACUCGCCCCUUGAGUUUGGAACCGCCGAAAAUACCAUCAUUUUGGCGGAUAAUGUAAGCCCUGGGGGCUCACCUUACGUGAUUUGGACCGAAGAUCCCUCAGGAAGUGGUUCUGGGAUAAUCAUCAUGAAUGGGGCAUCACGCGAAGAGGUCUUUGUCAACAGUGAUGCUGCGGAUAUCGACACGUGGGAAAUGGUCAACGUCGGUCAAUGGGCAGCCUACUCCCGAUGUCUUGAGAUCAUCAACGAUAAUGGUGCAUCAAAGUUGAUGCUGUCGAACGCUGGAAAUAUGGUUGCCAAUGCGGACAAUUAUGUCGUUGUCGGAGUCGUCGACAUCCCCACUCUAGCAUAA